AUGGCUACCCCUAGUGUCCUCGCUUUUGACGCUGAGGGUCGGGCCAUUGACUUUGACGUCUGGGUAGAUGACCUGCAGCUUUUCCUACAGUGCGAUAGGGUAGAUGGUCUCUCCCUCUUUGACCUCACCUCUGGUGCCUCUCCUGCCCCUUCUGCUAAUGCUGACGCCACUGUUCGCUCACAGUGGGCCACACGCGAUGCUGCUGCACGUCUUGCUGUGCGUCACCACCUGCCUACCUCUGAGCGUGCGCACUUUAGCCAGUACAAGAGUGCUCAGACCUUGUACGACACUGUAGUUGCACGCUACUCCUCCCCUGCCACUGCUGCACUGAGCCGCCUCAUGCUACCGUACCUCUUCCCUGGCCUUGCUGCCUUUCCCACAGUCGCUGACCUCAUUACGCACCUCCGCACUAGUGACACUCGCUACCGCGCUGCGCUUCUUGCUGAGGACAACUUCCUCUCAGUUUGCCCCACCACUCUCACCGUUGACCUCCUCGAGAAGGGCCUCCUAGCAGUAGAGAAGAGCAUAGUAGCUGUAGGAGCCUCUCGUGGUGACCCUCGCAUCCCCAUCUUUGAGGGGUGUUCCCCCUCCCCCCUUUUGCCCUCUGUUGCCUCUGCUGCUGCGGCCGACCUCGUUGGGCUUGAGUCGGUCGGUGCGGCGUCUACCCCUAGCGGGAGACGCCGCCCUGGCAAGGGCAAGGGGGGCAGGGGCGCUGGAGGAGCUAGCGGGGGCGGUGGAGGAGGCGGUGGAGGCGAUGGAGGGGGUGGGGGUGGCGGUGGGGGUGGUGGCGAGGGUGGAGGUGUCGGUGGCGACAGUAGAGGCGGAGGCGGCGGCGGCGGUGGCGGUGGGAGCGGAGGUGGCGGAGGUGGCGGCGGUGGCGGUGGAGGUGGAGCUGGUCGGGGUGGCGCUGCGCAGAGGGUCGGCUCCGGUGGUGGUCAGCGCCAGCAGCAGCAGCAGCAGCAGCUGCGCACUCGUGACGUCCCCCCCCCUCAGCAGCUCCGUGAGUGGUACGCUGCACGCCAGCGGGGUGGGGGUACUGGUCCAUGCACCUACGUCCUACGCACCGCCGACCGCGCAGCUGUCUUUGACCUUGACUUUGAUGCUAUUCUUGCUGCCAUGUAUGCUGUGACUAUUAGUGAUGAGGGUGACUGUUACCGGUGUUUUCCGCCCGGCCCGGGCAUUGAGACUGCUGCUCUAGGUACUGGUGAGGCUGCUGCUCUAGGUGCUAGCAAGGCUGCUGCUCUAGGUGCUCGUGCGUCUGCUCCCUCAGAUGCUGGUGAGUCUGCUCUCUCAGGUACUGCGUCGGCUUCGGCCUCCCACACCUUCACCCUUGACUCGGGGGCUUCUCGCUCCUUCUUUUGA